AUGGAUGAAUCUGAUAGACUUACCCAUCAACCCAUUGCUCAUUGUUUGUUUCCUGAAGAAGAGGUUCUGAACAAGCUGCAAGGACUGGUGACCAAUAUUAAAUGGAGUCCAGCUGCUGUUGUUGACUUAUUUAAAGCUCUUUUAAAGCGGUUUCAGUCAACGUCAUCAAGCCAUACAGAUUUACCCUCAUGGAUGAUGGAAAUGUUGCACUGCAUAGAGAUUCAUUAUAUUACGUCCAGCUGGAAGUCUAAAACAGGGAAGACUCUUAUGGAGCUGGUCCAGGACGAAACUGUAACAGAUGAACAUGUCAAGCAGUGUUUAGCUGAUGACACAGAGAAGACACUAGAGGAAAUUCUGGAGGAAAUCCGCCAAGAGAAGUUAAACCACAUCGAUGAAAAGCUUUUAGAUGAUGUGAGAGACAUUGUAUCAUCAGUUGAUAAAAAGACGGAGAACGGAGUGAACGGAGAACGGAGUGAACUGAAAAGAGACUUGGAGAAGCUCUGUACGGCAGUGUUUAAAACAGCUAAAUUCAAACCACGACUAACACAGAUGGUGAGCUGGUGUCUCAUGGCUCUUUCCAAAACAGGACGUUUAAUUCAAGUUGGUACUGGAGAGGGGAAGUCAUGUAUAGUGGCAAUGUUUGCAGCUUUUCGGGCCAUGAGAGGAGAAACAGUUGAUAUCAUGUCCAGUUCAUCAGUGCUUGCAGAAAGAGAUUUGAAUGAAUGGAGAAACUUUUAUAAAUGUUUAAAAAUCAGUGUAGACUGCAACACCAAUAAAACUGAUGAAAACUUAAAAAAGUGCUAUAAAUGUCAGGUUGUUUAUGGUACUGUAGAAGAGUUUGCUGGAGACUGGCUAAGGCACCACUUUGAAAGAAUGGAUAUAUUUGGACAAAGGAAAUUUCAGUGUGCAAUUGUGGAUGAAGUGGACUCUUUAAUGCUAGACAAGGGCCAUCAUGUGGUCUAUUUAAGUAGUGACAUGCCUGCAUUGCAGCAUCUCAACUCACUCCUGGCCUUCAUAUGGGCCACUGCUAAUCAGUUCACUAAGAUUGGCACAAAUACUCUGGGACAAAAAUAUCCCUUUCAUCAAGUUGUUCUUGAAAACAUAAAGGGCAAAAAUGUUGAUGAGUUCACUGUUCUUCAAAUAGCUGAGGACACAGGUUUACUGGCAAAGGGUUCAGUCAGUGAUCUAAGAAUAAACCCAGAGCUAUUAACUGAAAAGUCUACAAGUGUUACUGUUGACCAGCUGGCUGUGUUCUUUGAGGUAGUUGAGAGGAGAUUCCCAUCAUGUCAGUUUUCUCUGCACUGCAUCAACAACAAUGGAGAAUUAGAAGAAGUGAACAAAAGACCACAGACAGGAAAUGAAGGCAAACAGACAGUGUCAUUGGUUUUAGUUAAAGGAGGCUUCUGUCAGUACAUGUAUUCUGACAGUAACAGUCUGCUGGAAGCUGCAGAAGCACAAAUAAAACGUGCUCUUCAUUUUACACCAUGUGAACUGAGCUAUGCUAAAAGUAGAUGCUACGUUCCAGGCUUCCUCUCAGAUCUGGUGAACUCUAAGCUCAAAGUUUGGAUUGAAAAUGCAUUCCAUGCACAAACCAUGAAAAAGGACCAUGAAUACAUCAUAGAGACACAUGGAAUAGUGCCCGUAGACUUCAGCUGUACAGGUGUUGUUGAAAACAACAUGAAAUGGUCAGAUGGACUCCAACAGUUUCUUGAAAUGAAACAUGAGUCUAAGUUGAGUGACAUGACAGCCAUCACAAACUACAUGUCCAAUGUUGGUUUGCUUCAGAAGUAUGGACAUCAGAUCUAUGGACUGUCUGGGACUCUUGGUCAACAAGCAGAGACUGAGACUUUACAGAAAAUCUAUAAAGGCAUCAAAACCUGUCAGAUCCCUUCAUUCAAACGCAGAAAGCUCUUUGAGGUUGAAGGCUUGGUCCUAGAUGAUGAAAAAGAAUGGAGAAAAAAAGUCUGUGAUGUUGUUGCUGCACAAAUCAAACCUACAAGUUACAGAGGCCAAAGAGCUGUGCUGGUCAUCUGUGAGACCAUCGAAAGAGCAAAACUUCUCCAUGAUGCUCUAGGAGGUAAAGCCCCCAACAAAAAGCUUUACAUAAACAACAACAUGGACAACAGUGCAGUCACUGACCAGACGCUCGAUUCAGCUGUAGUCAUCAUAGCAACAAACCUCGCAGGACGUGGAACAGACCUCAAGGUUUCUGACUCAGUAAAGUCAGCUGGAGGUUUGUUUGUCGUGCAAACUUUCCUUCCCAAGAAUGCUCGUGUGGAGGCACAGGCUUUUGGUCGCACUGCAAGACAAGGAUCUCCUGGAUCUGCCCAACUCAUUGUCUGUUCCAGUCAUCUGCCAGAACCACUUCAACUGCUGGUUUUGAUGAAGAAGGUUCAAUCUUUAUUGGAAACUUUGACAGAUUUUUCUCCACUUCACCGAGCUCAGUUUGUGAUGCUGUUGAGGUUGUUUCAAAAAGGCCACAUUGAUGAAAAGACUGAAGAAAUGUCUUUGACACUGUCACAUAUUUUAACUGAAAAUUCCAAGUCAGAAAUAAAGAUUGUUAAACAGGUCAGAGACAACUCGGUGGCUAAACAACUAUCUAGUUAUUUGGAGUGUGACACCCCAAAUUUAAAGAAGAAGGAAGAGCUCUUCAGUCGGUAUCUGAAUAUAUUAGAUGAUGUUUACAAAAGCAGUAACAACAAGCCAGCAGCUUCUGAUUUGUUGGCGCUGAAUGAAUUUUGGGGAAUGUGGCUCCUCACACAUUUCAAUGUGAAAUACUCGGUAGAAGAGUUGAAAACAAGACUGAAUGGAGACCUGCAUGAAGCCAGGAAAAAACUCAGUCAGAGAGAAUCACCCUCAUCAAACCUGUACCACUACACUGCUUUUGGAAAUGAACUUCGUCAAAAUGGAAAUCUUGGAGAGAGCAUCAAGAUGUACAGUAAAGCCAUAGAGAAGGACAAGUGUUGGGCAGCAAUUGCAUAUUACAACCGUGCUUUUGCAGCUUUGACCCAACAAAACAGACGUCAGGAUCCAGCCUGCCUUGAUCGAGCUCUGGAAGAUUUACAAAAUGCAUCAAGAUCUGUAGAGCUUUACUGUGAACAACUUGAGGUCACUCAUAGAUACUCAACACAAACCAAUGACCUCUCCAAUGACUCAGUCACAAGGUUUGACAACCACAUCAUAGCCAGAUACACAGUGCUGAUGAGUUUCAAGGAGAAUAUUAGUGAGGCCAUAAAGAAGGUAGACAGGGCUAGAGACAUAGGUGGGAAUGUAAAAGUAGAGGAAAGUGAUGUCUACUUCCUGGUUCCAUUAGUGUAUCUCUUGCCUUUGGCAGUCCUUUCAACAGAAUCAGUGCGUGUGGUCUGCUCUAGAGACCCUCUGAAGACCUACCAACUCAUAAGCCAUCCAUCAUUUGACAUUUUCAUUGAACUGAAGUGUCUAAAGUCUCUGGGCCUGACUCAUGUUUAUACUUUAGACACACUGUUCUCUCUAGGUGGCUUUUUUUCAAAGAUAGGAUCUUUGUACGCCAUCGAGUAG